AUGGGGGAGAGGGCCAGAGAUCUGAGGAAGACCCAGGGAGGGGGCCGACCCCCCGCCCAGGGCCACCAGGGGGACCCACUACAUCCACCUAGCUCCCAACAGGGGGCCAUAGAGGGAUGGGGCCAACCCAGGGAGAGGGGGGCCAACACCCAGAGAGGGGUGACAACCCACCCACGGCCACUACAGCCGGUGCCACUACAUCCAGCCAGUUCCCUGCACCAGGCAGAUGUGGGAGAGGGCCAGAGAGGGAUGGACAAACCCAGGGAGGCGGGCGACCGCUGGAGAGAGGGCCCGGCCCCUGCCCGAGGCCACCAGGGUCGUACUGAUGUGGUGGCAGUCACCCCAUGGUUGGCACCCAUCGUCUGGGAAGGAACCUUUGACCCUGACCUCGUUGACAUAAUCUACAAGUCCAUGAACCUCACCAUAGCAACAACAGUGUUUGCCGUUGGAAAAUACGUCCGCUUUCUCCAAGAUUUCCUGGAGACAGCAGAGAAGCACUUCAUGGUCGACUUCAACGUGCGCUACUACGUUUUCACUGAUCGUCCCGACGAUGUUCCAUCAGUGAACCUGUCCCAGGGGAGACAUUUGAGUGUGAUCCAGGUCCCAGGUUCAAACCGCUGGCAGGAGAUAUCAGCCCGGAGGAUGGAGAUCAUUCAGACAGCCAUCGAACGUCAGAUCAGCAGGGAGGCCGACUACAUCUUCUGUCUGGACGUGGACAGCAAGUUCCACGCUCGCUGGGGGGCCGAGUCUCUGGGCAGGCUGGUUGCUGUGAUUCACCCAUGGUUUUACCAGCAGACCCGUGACCACUUCACAUCCGAACGGCGCCCAGCCUCGACAGCCUACAUCCCCAUGGAUGAGGGAGACUACUACUACGCCGGGGCUGUGUUCGGAGGGUCCGUGGAGGAUGUGUACACACUAACAAAGGUAUGUCGGAACCAGCUUGAAGAGGACGCGAGGAAUUCCAUCGAGGCUGCCUGGCAGGAGGAGAGUCACCUCAACAGGUACCUGCUUUACAACAAGCCCAGCAAGCUGUUGUCUCCAGAGUACCAGUGGGAUGACAAGAAGACCAAAACCAAUGAGGUCAAAGUCAUUCGCUUCUCUUCUGUCAUUAAAAACUUUGCUGAAAUUUGUCCCAAUGAAUAGGACUUGGAAGUGGAUAUUCGACCGGCAGAAGAAAAACGUAAUUUAGGCAUAGUGCUUGAAAUUAAUUGAUUAUGGUUAAUGUUAGGUUAAGGUUAAGUUCAGGUAUAGUUUCACUGAGGUUUGGGUUAAGGUUAGGGAAAGGCAUAAAAGGUGACAUUGGGUAUCCGUACAGCUGCCUGGCGCCACUCAUUUUCUGCCAUAAAACUAUUAUUUUAAAUUGUAUCAGUUAGUUUGUUGUAGUUUU